AUGUCGUUGCGCGGUAAAGUCAUCGCCAUAACUGGAGCAGCAUCUGGGAUUGGAUUGCAGUUGACCAGGCUUGCGGCCUCUCGCGGAGCAAAAUUGGCGCUGGCUGAUAUUCAACCAGGGCCAUUGGACGACAUUGUCAACGAGAUAAAAUGCUCCGGAGUUGAGGUUGUUGGAAGUCGUUUGGAUGUGACAUCCCACAAAGAAGUGGACGACUGGGUCAAUGCGACCGUGAGCCAUUUUGGAACCAUCGAUGGUGCCGCAAAUUUAGCGGGAGUCGAAGGUGGAAAGAAAAUGGCAGCCAUGUUGGCUGAUGUUUCGAAUGAAGACUGGGACUAUAUAUUGUCAGUCAACCUGACGGGCCUCAUGUAUUGUGUCAGGGCUCAAGUCAGGGUGAUGCAGGCAGGAGCUUCCAUUGUGAAUGCUGCCGGCAUCUCUGGGCUGAUAGGCCGACCCGGAAUUUGCGCAUACUCAGUCUCGAAGCAUGGCGUGGUUGGGCUGACAAAGACAGUGGCGAAAGAAGUUGGAUCGAAGGGUAUUAGGGUCAACGCUGUUGCGCCGGGGCCCGUUGAUACGCCAAUGCUUCAGAGAAUCUUUCAGGCGUCUGACAGCACAUAUCUUCCCUUCACCAGCACAUAUGCAAACAUGCCUCUGCAAAGAACAGGUCAAGCAGAGGAGGUGGCAAACUUGUUCGCCUUCUUGCUCAGUGACGAAUCAAGCUUCAUAACAGGAAUUGUCUGCCCAUGUGACGGUGGAAUUAUGGCCUGA